GAAUGCAGUGAGUAGUCUGUUCCUUUAAAACAGCAGGAUUUUGAACUAGUUUAUUGCACUGUAUGACUCGCUGGACAACCGUACGGGUGCUUUGGGUCUGGAAUCUAUUUUACACUACAAGCGACACUGUGCCUUGGGGUUUUAAAUAUAUAUUUUAUAAAUAUUGUAACGUUUCAUUCUCCACGGGAGAACAAUUCUGCUUUUAAAAAAGCCAUGGCUUCUGACGAGCUAGCAUCCAAACUGACCCGCCGUCUGAAGAUCGAAGAAGGAGCGGAGGAGCCGGUGUCUCUGACCGGCACGCAGGAUGGGCUAGGCGGGCGAAGCGAGGAGGAGAAGCCGGCGACGGCGAAUGCAGACUCAGAGUUGGGGGCUAAGCUGCUUCGCAGGACGGAUAUCAACGAUGGAGUUGCUGAGCAUCACCAACCCAGCAAAAAGGUGUUCAACCCCUACACCGAGUUCAAGGAGUUUUCGAGGAAGCAAAUCAAGGACAUGGAGAAAAUGUUCAAACAGUACGACGCAGGGAAGGACGGCUUCAUUGACCUGAUGGAGUUAAAGCUAAUGAUGGAGAAGCUGGGAGCCCCUCAGACUCACCUGGGCCUGAAGAACAUGAUCAAGGAGGUGGACGAGGACUUUGAUGGGAAGCUCAGCUUCCGGGAGUUCCUGUUGAUUUUCCGGAAGGCGGCGGCGGGAGAGCUUCCGGAGGACAGUGGUCUUCACGUGUUGGCGCGACUCUCUGAGAUAGACGUCUCCACAGAGGGGGUCAAGGGGGCAAAGACUUUCUUUGAGGCCAAAGUGCAUGCCAUCAGCGAGUCGAACCGCUUCGAGGCAGAGAUCCGACAGGAGCAAGAGGAGAAGAAGAAGGAAGCCGAGAACAAGAAGCAGCGCCAGGCAGCCUUCAAAGAUCUCAAGUCUGCCUUCAAGUGACGCCUGCUCACACUGUCUUUUUGUUUUUUGUUUGUUUUUUUUCUCUUAAAAUAAAUAAAUAAAUGAAAUCAAACAUCAAGGUCCAGGGGGUGGGUCUUGGGCAAGCCAGGGAGUCUGCAGGAUUUCUUUGGGGGUGGGGUUGAGAAGGGGAGCUGUGAUUGGUGAACUUAAAAGUAUAACAGGUGUGGCUUUGGGAGUGCUAAAUGGGGUUCUUCAUUACACUAUUCUCUUCCUUGUAACUGAAGGAGACUUGCACUAAAGAUUCUGCACCACGAUUUUUAAAAAAGCUUAUCCAGGUUUGUUUUGGCACGCUUAUUAACAGUCCCUGAAAGACCUUAAUAAAACAAUUCUUUUUUUACAUAUUGA